AUGGGUAGUAGAGUGAUGUUUUGGUUUCUUGUUUCCUUGUAUUUAUGCCUCAUCGGCCAUGUGAUCGUCGAGGCUGCAAGAGAAGGUUCGUUCAUGAAGAAUGAAGCUGCAUCCACUGAGAUAGGAAAGAGUAACCGACACGUAACUGGGUUUAAGGGUGAACUCACAGCUGGCGGCUAUGGCGGUGGAGGCCCAGGAUAUGGUGGUGGUGGUGGUGGAUACGGACCAGGUGGUGGUAGUGGUGGUGUUGUGAUCGGUGGUGGAUUUGGUGGUGGUGGUGGGUAUGGUUCCGGUGGUGGUUUGGGUUGGGAUGGAGGCAACGGAGGAGGCGGUCCUGGAUACGGGUCAGGUGGUAUUGGCGGUGGAGUCAUCAUUGGGGGUGGCGGCGGUGGGUGUGGCGGUUCAUGCGGUGGAGGAGGGGGAUAUGGACACGGCCGUGCCAACAUGAAGGAAUCAGGCAAAAACUAG